AAGAGAAACUCUCUAAUAUCGAUGGCAGUUCUGGAACAAGGGUUUCGAAAGUGAAGGAGGAGAAGGGACGCCGCUCUUCAUCGCCGGCAGCUUCCAGUCAACACCGCCGUCGAAUCCUUCCUCAUCCCUGCUGCAGGAGUCGACACUGGCAUUCACUGCUCCCGCCGACGACCUCCGUUUCUGUUCAUAUCCGUAAUUAACCGGGGAAAAAGGAAAAGGCUAAUCCAUCGGUUUAGACCCAAAUGGCUUAUCUACAACACGGCAGAAAUGCCCUGCGUCAAAUCCUUAGAGAAACUAAUGUUAGGAGGAGCUCGUCCGAUUCAUCGUUACCGCCGUUGCUGUAUGCUUGUCAAGGAGUUCGAUUUAGGAAGCUAGAGGUUAUCCUAACGACGAACAUAGACAAGCUUGGUAAAGCAGGUGAAACAGUGAAGGUUGCACCUGGAUACUUCCGCAACCACCUGAUGCCGAAAUUGCUAGCCGUCCCUAAUCUCGACAAGUUUGCUCAUCUAAUCACCGAGCAGCGCAAGUUGUACCAGCAAGAGGAGGAAGAAGAGGUUAAGAAGGUGGUCGACGAGACCAAGGAAGAUAGGAUGAAAGAGUUCGAAACAGCUGCAAAGCGCUUGGAUAAAUCGCGCGUGACAUUUAGAGUGGGGAUUGAUGCAGAGAAGUUCCGAGCCCGUGCCUCAAAGGAUGAACCCGUAGUGAUUCUCUCGCCAGUGACAAAGGAUGACAUUGUGAAAGAGGCUGCAAGGCAGCUUAACGUGCUUAUCGAUCCAGACAACCUUCAUCUGCCGACGCCAUUGACAACAUUUGGGGAGUUUGAGGUGCCUUUGCGUUUGCCUAGGUCCAUUCCUUUGCCCGAUGGAAAGGUUAACUGGACACUGACAAUUAAAAUCAGGGGCAAAUAGAAAGCCACAGUAAGAAUCUUAGAUUGAAUCCCAGGGUUUGCUGGAAAUGUCGAAACUCAUUGCUGAAACUUGUCAGCUUGUUGCCGGGUACUUGUUAACUGGUAGGGUUUGUUUUCCAAUAAUUUGGUUGAAUGUAAGAUGCAUUCUGGUUGGUGUGGAGCGGUAGAGCCACAGAUUUGAAUGCAGGGUCUCUGUCUCUCUGAUGGGAAGCUCUCCUCGGUAGUUGGUGCUGAUUAUUUAGUAGUAGUGUUAGCAUAUCCACCUGAACAAUUUUGCAAUCUGUUAAUUUAAUUACAGUUAUUAUAUCAAUGCAAUGCAAUUCACAUAUGGCUAAAUAUCCUUCCUAUAUCAAUGCAAUUCAAUCCGCUUCUUUUAGCAUUUCAUUUGUUGCAAGGUCGCAAAUAAUGCAAUUGAAUUUGUAACCGUAGAAACUCAUAUCAUAUCGUAUUUGUAACUGUAAUAGGAAACGCAAGA